AUGUCUCGGGUCGGCGCCCGGGCGCGCGGGGGCGGUGCCAGAGGAGGCGCCCACACGGGUGGGGAGGACGCGGGCCCAGCGCCGGCCCGGGAACUCCGCGCGGGCCUGCGAGGGUUUGCGCCCGUGCAGUUUUCUGGUCUUCUGGAGACGGUGCCCAGCGCCGAGGAGUACGCGAACGCCGAGUACACGCUGAGCCCGCGGGACGGCUGCGCGGGGCUGCGAGCGCCCGGCUUCCGGCCGCCGCCGGGCGCGGGCCCGCCGCUCCAGAACCUCGCACGCUUCGCGGCUCGCUUCUGCCACGCGGGCGCUGCCGAGCCUCGGUGGGAGCUGUGA